AUGAUGGACGAGAAAUCGAGAAAACCUGAAGAUACGCCCUUCAAGCAACAGAAGCUUAAGGCCUGGCAACCAAUCUUGACACCCAAUUGGGUCAUUGGUACCUUUGCUAUCGUUGGCCUCAUCUUUAUCCCCAUUGGGGUCGUACUACACACGGAGUCGGACAAUGUCGUGGAAUACUCUAUUCAAUAUGAUGGAAACGCAAUGACAUCUUCAUCCAACAUUGUAAACAUUGGCAGUGGCUGUUACUUAAGUGAAGUGGAUGAAGGCGAUACAUUUGAUGUGAAGAAACAUGGCUGCAGAAUUACAUUUGAUAUUGAAAAAGACAUGAAAGCACCCGUGUACUUGUAUUACCAGCUGGAUAAUUUCUACCAGAAUCACCGUCGUUACGUCCAGAGUCGCAGUGAUGCUCAGCUUCGUGGAGAUGCAAUGGCCAGUACCAGUGACUGCUCACCGAUGGUGAAGUCUGGGACGGGUAUUUUCAAGUACAACUCAACGGCAGUAAAGCCAAUUGGUGACAAUAAGACGGACUACACGCUGAUGCCUUGUGGAUUGAUUGUCAACAGUUUGUUUAACGACAUUUAUUGGGUGAACAAGCUUGUAACUGGUGGCGAGACGUACUACCAGAACGAUACGUAUCAAGGCAAGACACUUGUGAAUCUUGUGGAUCAAACAGGCAUCGCCUGGAAAUCGGAUGUUGAGACCAAAUUCAAAAAUAUCAACUUGGACGAGCUUGCGGACGCAGACAACACGAUGAUGCUUUGGCAGAACCCCCGCUACCGCUACAUCAUUCCCAUGUACAAGGGCCAGGAACCUAUUGCCAACAAGACGGCAUGGACGACAAACGCACCUGCUUACGGUGUCCAAGACGAGCACUUUAUCGUCUGGAUGCGCACGGCUGGACUGCCUAGUUUCCGCAAACUAUAUGGCCGUAUUGACACAGAUUUGGCGGCGGGCACGAAGCUCGAGUUCCUCGUUUCUAGCAAUUUUGUGGUAAGCACAUUCGAGGGCAAGAAGUCGAUCGUGAUCUCUACCACAUCAUGGUUUGGUGGCCGAAAUCCGUUCCUUGGCAUCGCGUACAUCAUCGUGGGUGCGCUCUGCAUGGUGCUGGCCAUCUUGUUUUUUGCCAAGCACAAACUCAGUCCGCGUAAGCUGGGCGACACGCGGUACUUGGUCUGGAAGAACAACCACUAA